AUGGCGAACACAACAACAUUGAUCAUACACUGGAUCUUCAGCAUCAUCGCAAUCGGGCUGAUUGUCCUGCGCCUCUUUGCGAAAAGGUACAUCAACUACAAAUUCACACUCGGCGACUACCUCGCCAUCGGUGCGAUGUUCUGCGUGCUUGUGCGAUUACCUAUCAUCCAUGUAGUCUUGAUCUGGGGCACAAAUAACAUGCCCGACUCAUACCGCCAGUCGCACCUCUUCACGUCAACAGAGAUCUACCAGCGCGAGACCGGAAGCAAGCUUAUUCUUACCGAUCGGGUAUUUUAUAACUCAUAUCUCUGGUUACAAAAACUGGUCCUACUCGACACCUAUCGCCGCCUUAUCCGCCACAUGUCCUGGGAGAAAAUCACCCUCUGGGCCUACGGGGUCGUCUUUGCUGCAACAUAUGUGGUCGUACAGACCGUUACCUUUACUGAAUGCCAUCCGUUCGACCGCUACUGGAUUGUCUUGCCAGACCCAGGCCCCUGCUGCCGUGCUCAGGUUCAGCUCAUCGUACUCGGUGUGCUGAACAUUGUCACCGACGUCAUGCUCAUCAUCCUGCCGAUCCCUGUCCUCAUCAUGGUUCGGCGGUCAUUUACACAAAAAUUCCAACUCGGUGGCCUCUUCGCUCUCGGCCUCUUCAUCGUAGCCAUAACUAUCAUCCGUCUGCCCCAAAACGCCCAAAACUCAGCCCUGCAGGUUAACCGUACAACAUGGGCCUCAACCGAGCUCCUAACAGCCGCAAUAGUUGCCAAUGCGCCGGUAAUCUACGGCUUCUGGCGCGGCGCUCGCGAGGCAGGUCGAUAUAACAACACCUCGGGGGAAACCUCAAGCAACCGGUUUUUUAACAGCAAGCAACACAGCAGCCGCAGAAGGAAUCAGCCGGGGGAUACGGAUAUGGGUGAUUAUGAGGAUAAUGAGAUUACGACGAAUAGAGUUAACCUGGGCGACUUGAAGCCUGGAAUGGGCUCAUCGACGGCGUUGAGAUCCGCCCAAGAAUUGCAGACAACACACAGUCAGACGCAGGCGGGUUCUGAGAGUUCGGAGGGCGAACAGGCGCAUCAUGUAACGUAA